AUGAACGUUGCUGCAGGACCCGAGCUCGCAGCUGCAGUCUCCAAUGCUGGUGGUCUCGGAGUCAUCGGCGGUCUUCGAUACACACCUAAACAGCUUCGUAACGUCAUCAAAGAGAUCAAGGAUGGCCUCAAGAGUCCCGAUCUUCCUUUCGGUGUCGACCUCUUAAUCCCAUCUCUCGGCGAGAAUGCCCGAAAGACAAAUUACGACUACACUGGCGGUAAACUGAACGAGCUUAUCGAUGUCAUCGUUGAAGAAAAGGCCAAACUCUUUGUGUGCGCAGUCGGUGUCCCGCCGAAAGAGGUCGUUGAUAAGCUUCACAAGCAUGGCAUCUUUGUGAUGAACAUGGUUGGGUCUCCCAAGCACGUGCCCAAGGCUCUGGCUCAAGGGGUAGACAUCAUCUGCGCCCAGGCAACUGAUACCAAUCAGGGCGGAGAGGGUGGUGGACACACAGGACGGACAGCCUUCUCAAUCCUUAUACCAGCCUGUGUCGAUGCUUGCAAGGGCAAAAAGUCUCCUCUUACCGGUGGACCUGUGCAUGUCAUUGCUGCAGGUGGUAUCUUUGACGGCCGUGGUCUUGCCGCUGCUCUAAUGUAUGGUGCUCAAGCGGUUUGGGUCGGGACCAGAUUCGUAGCCAGCACGGAAGCUGGUGCACCCAAGAUCCAUAAGGAUCUCGUUGUGAGCGCCAAUCAUGGUGAUACGGAUACCACCUUGAUCUACACCGGUCGCCCUCUUCGAGUCCGUCAGACAGACUACGUAAAAAGCUGGGCCUCCAGGCAUGACGAGAUUGCUUCUCUAACGAAGGAGGGCAAAAUCCCACAUGAUGUUGAGCUGGAGAAGCACCCGGAACUUAGUAUGAAAGGAAGGUCGUGGCUGAUGGGUGAUGUUUCUGCCAUGAUCAAGGAUGUCAAACCUGCUAAGGAGAUCGUGGACGAUAUCGUCAACGGCGCCAAGCAAUGCAUUGAGCACGGCCAGAGUUUCAUUGCUGGUGGCUCUACCCGAGCCAAACUGUGA